CCUGGAAUGGCCUGUGGGGAGGGUGAGGAAGUGAUCAUGACUUCAGAACGUGGGCAGUGAAAUAUUGCGUAAAGUAAACCUAACUAAAGGAUCUGUAUGAUGAGAUUUUAUAGAAAAUAAAUUUAAGGGAAAGGCAACUUAGAUGGGAGACUACAGGAGUCAAUGUAUAGCAGUGCUUCAAAACAAAGCCCUGAAAAGUUGUCUUUUGUUAUUCAUAAUACUUUUAAAGCAUUUAGAAAUCUCAGUAUGAAGAGAAUGGUCAGGUAAAUGCUAGAGUAAAUCAAAAGAAACUAAAAAAUUGUUUUCUAAUAUAAAAGUCACUCCUACUAAUUUAAGUUAUAAACAGAUUUUCAUUAUUAGGUUUUAUCCAAAUGUUUACAUUCCUGUGGGCAUAUUUUACCUAUUUAUAGUUUUCACCUUGUUUAUAAGUAGUAGAAUGAUACAAACAGGACAGGUGAACGAACCACAAAAUAAAGUUAAUCUCUCGCCCAUUUUUCCCCUACUCCUACUAUAAAAUUGAUCUGCCAAAUUGUAGUGUCAGAACCCUAGAAACAACCCUAGAAAAUUCAUCCUUCUUUUUAGCCUAAAUUUCUUAUUGCUUAGAAUAGUGGAAGCCUAAUUAGAAGCCCAAAUCUUUUCUUAACAGCAUUUCAUAGAAAAACAUUCAUACCUUAAAAAAAAAGUACUUUCAGGAGUUUAUAGACAACUGAAACAUGAACCAUUUCCACCAAAAAUAGCUCAGUUUGUGCCCUACCACAUUUAAUUCAUGCUUAGGAACAUUUAUUAAGAGGUAUGAAACAGUUAUUUUCUAUAUAUUUUUUCUUACUGAAACGAGUGACAAAGCAGACAAAGUUAAGGGUUUAAAAAGUUUCUGUGAUUCAAGCGUAGACAAAGUGACCAUUAGAACAGUAUCCAAUAAUAGAUAAAAAAUAUGUAUGCUCAUCUGAUUUAUGACAAAGAUAAUACUGCAGUGCAAAGGGACAAGAUAGUAAUUUCAAGAAUGAUGCCAAGUCAUAUGGAUUACCCAAUGAGAUAAAAAUGUAUCUUGACCCCUACCUCACACCAUGAACAAAAAUCAGUUCCUGAUGGAUUGCAGAAUUGUGCAAGAAAAAGCAGAAGAAAUGUCUUCUAUAAAAAGAAGUCCAAAGCAAGAAAUAGUUUCCCAAUUUCACUAUUCAGCUGCAGAAGGAGACAUUGCCAGAUUAACAGUAAUACUCAGUCAUUCUCCAUCUCUUCUCAAUGAAACUUCUGAAAAUGGCUGGACUGCUUUAAUGUAUGCUGCAAGGAAUGGGCACCCAGAUGCUGUCCAAUUUCUACUUGAGAAAGGGUGUGACAGAUCCAUUGUCAACAAAUCAAGGCAGACUGCACUAGAUAUUGCUAAAUUUUGGGGUUACAAGCAUAUAGCUAACUUACUAGCUAAUGAUAAAGGUGGGAAGAAGCCUUGGUUCCUAACCAAUGAAGUAGAAGAAUGUGAAAAUUAUUUUGGCAAAACACUGCUGGACCGGAAAAGCGAAAAAAGAAAUAAUUCUGACUGGCUGCUAGCUAAAGAAAGCCAUCCCGCCACCGUCUAUAUCCUUUUCUCAGAUUUAAGUCCCUUGGUUACUCUGGGUGGCAACAAAGAAAGCUCCCAGCAGCCAGAAGUCAGGCUUUGUCAGCUGAACUACACAGAUGUAAAGGAUUAUUUGGCUCAGCCUGAAAAGAUCACCUUGAUUUUUCUUGGAGUAGAGCUUGAAAUGAAAAAAGAUUUACUUAAUUAUGCUGGGGAAGUCCCCAGAGAAGAAGAAGAUGGGUUGGUUGCCUGGUUUGCUGUAGGUAUAGAUCCUGUUGCUGCAGAAGAAUUUAAGCAAAGACAUGAAAGUUGUUACUUUCUUCACCCUCCAAUGCCAGCCCUUCUGCAGCUGAAAGAAAAUGAAGCUGGGGUUGUAGCUCAAGCAAGAUCUGUUCUUGCCUGGCACAGUCGAUAUAAGUUCUGCCCCACCUGUGGAAGUGCAACUAAGAUUGAAGAAGGUGGCUAUAAAAGAGUAUGCUUAAAAGAAGACUGUCCUAGCCUCCAUGGCGUUCACAAUACAUCAUAUCCAAGAGUUGAUCCAGUAGUAAUCAUGCAAGUUAUUCAUCCGGAUGGAACCAAAUGUCUUUUAGGAAGGCAGAAAAGAUUUCCCCCAGGCAUGUUUACUUGCCUUGCUGGAUUUAUUGAACCUGGGGAGACAAUAGAAGAUGCUGUUCGGAGAGAAGUAGAAGAGGAAAGUGGAGUCAAAGUUGGCCAUGUUCAGUAUGUCUCUUGUCAACCAUGGCCAAUGCCCUCCUCCUUAAUGAUUGGUUGCUUAGCUGUGGCGGUGUCUACAGAAAUUAAAGUUGACAAGAAUGAAAUAGAGGAUGCCCGCUGGUUCACUAGAGAACAGGUUGUGGAUGUUCUGACCAAGGGGAAGCAGCAGGCAUUCUUCGUGCCACCAAGCCGAGCUAUUGCACAUCAAUUAAUCAAACACUGGGUUGGAAUGAACCCCAAUCUCUAAAUCAAAUAACUAGACUUUUACUGAGUACUAACUGAUUUCAGAUAUCACUUAUUCCUCAUGUGAGAUUGGAAGUGUUCAGUGCUCUUUAGAAUGUCACAACACAAAAUAUCAUAUUAGAUUUUAGAAAUUUUUUCAAAGUGUACUUUUCAUCUUAACCACAGAAUUCUUAUCUUUAUAAAUUACAACAUUGCCUCAGAUUUUGUUAACUCUGGAUCAGCCUUCUGUAAACAUUUUUUGGUUGUGCUCCACAAUUUUAUCUCACAAAACCGUAUUUCUAAUAAGAGAGAAACCAUGUUGUAAAGAAGUAUGUUCUAAAAACUGUAGGUAAACCUAAAUUCCAGCACUUCUUAUAAGCAUUAGACCAGACACUGAAGACCCUUCACUGAAAUUAAACAUAUCUGAAAGGAAUUCUCAAAGGUCAGAUAUUAAAUCUCAGAUGGAUUUACAUAUUUAAUAAAAACACUGGCUUUAUGUCAUAUCGUUUUUGAGAAAUGAGACAAAAUAAUUUUAAUAAAUUUUGAACUUGA